UAGUGUUUUCUGCUGUUAUUGUGAGUGAGUUAUGUCAUGUUACAUUCUCCUCUGCAGCUCAGCUGAACCACUGGAAAUCACUUUGAUGCUGUUUUCUUCUGCUCCAUUUUACAGUCUCUUCCAGCAUCAAAUCUGGCAGACCUGGAAGCCCAUAAAAAAUGGUCGAAAGGCUGCUAGACUUUGAUGUGCAUCGGUUGUCAGUGACUGCAGAUUGCAUGUCCCUGGCUGGUGACGGCCAGCACUUCAAGGUCUGCUGUGGUGCGCGCCGACAGAUAAAGGUACCUUGUGCAAAGAUGUCAAAUGCAUUGCCAUUUAUCUUGCUCUCCAUAUUCCCAAUGCUGCUGUCAGGGGCUUGGUUUCCCAAAACUUUACCCUGUGAUGUCAAAUCUUCGGAAGGUACUGUGACCGUGGACUGCACUGACCGGCGCCUUACAGACAUCCCCAGAGGGAUCCCUGCAAACGCCACCAACCUUACCCUGAGUAUCAACCAUAUUCCUCAAAUCUACCCAACAUCCUUUGAUCAUCUUGAAAAUCUCCAGGAGAUUGACUUCAGAUGCAACUGUGUGCCUGUCAAACUGGGGCCCAAAAAUCAUGUGUGCACCAGCCCACUGAAAAUUGAGAAUGGUAGUUUUGCUGCCCUGACAAGAUUGAAGUCAUUGUAUUUGGAUGCAAACCAGCUGGCAGAAAUACCCCGAGGUCUUCCUGCUACUUUAACCCUGCUGAGCCUGGAAGCAAACAAUAUCUCUUCUAUCCAAAAAGCCAACUUCUCAGAGCUAGGGAACAUAGAGGCAUUGUAUCUUGGACAGAACUGUUACUACCGCAAUCCAUGCAAUGUUUCAUUUGAAAUUGAGAGAACAGCCUUUCUGGGGCUGAAGAAGUUAACAAUACUAUCCCUGAAGUCCAACAACUUAACACAAAUUCCCCCCAAUCUGUCACCUACUUUAAAGGAAUUGUAUAUUUACAACAACAUGAUUCAAGAGAUUCAAGAACACGAUUUAAGUGGCCUUACCAACCUAGAAAUUCUCGACCUAAGUGGCAAUUGCCCACGUUGCUAUAAUGCUCCAUAUCCUUGUACUCCCUGUCCCAAGAGCUCAAUUCAGAUCCAUUCAAAGGCCUUUGAUUCUUUGCAAAAUUUAAGAAUUUUGCGGCUUCACAGUACCUCUCUUCGAAGCAUACCCAGCAGCUGGUUUAAAAACAUCAAGAAUCUCAAAGAACUUGACCUCUCCCAAAAUUUCCUGAUGAGGGAGAUUGGAGAUGCUCAGUUUUUGAAAUUUAUCCCCAGCCUUGUGCAGCUUGAUCUGUCGUUUAACUUUGAACCGAAGGUGUAUUCUCCCUUCUUGAAUCUUUCUGAGACAUUUUCUUCUCUCUCUAACCUGGAAACCCUGAGGCUCAAGGGCUAUGUCUUUCAAGAACUGAGAGCAAAACAUCUAGAGCCACUGCUCAGUCUUAGGAAUCUAACCAUGUUGGAUCUCGGGACUAAUUUUAUUAAAGUUGCAGACCUGACAGUGUUUGAAAAAUUCCCAGCUCUUAAGUUCAUUGACCUCUCAGUGAAUAAAAUUUCUUCUUCUUCAGGAGAAAGCAACCUCUAUGGAUUUUGCUCUAAUCCAGGCAUUUCAGUUGAGCAGUACCACAGGCAAGUACAAGAGAUGCAUUAUUUCAGGUAUGAUGUGUAUGGGCGAAAUUGCCAUUCCAAAGACAUAGAGGCUUCUUCCUACCAGUCCUUAGUUAAGGAAGAUUGCCUUAACUAUGGAAAAACUCUGGAUUUAAGCAGAAACAAUGUACUUUUUAUUACCCCCUCCGACUUUCAGGGACUUGGCUCCCUCAGAUGUCUCAACUUAUCAGGUAAUGCAAUAAGUCAAACUUUAAAUGGAAGUGAAUUCCUUUACUUGUCUGGAUUGAAAUAUCUGGAUUUUUCUAACAACAGGAUUGAUUUGCUAUACCAAACUGCUUUCAAAGAAUUAACACUUUUAGAAAUUCUAGAUCUGAGCAAAAACAACUAUUAUUUUCAGGCAGAAGGUGUUACUCAUGUGCUAAGUUUUAUGAAAAACCUGGCCCAUUUGAGGAAGCUCAUGAUGAAUGACAAUGACAUUUCUACCACUAUUGAUACUGGAAUGGAAAGUCAAUCUCUUCGAAUUCUAGAAUUCAGAGGAAAUCACUUAGAUGCCCUCUGGAAGGAUGGCAAUGAUAUAUAUUGGUCCUUCUUCAAGAAUCUGACCAGUCUGGAAGAACUGGAUAUUUCCUUCAACUCACUCAGUUUUUUGCCUCCUGGUGUUUUUGAAAAAAUGCCUCCCAGUCUCAAGGUCCUCAACUUAACGAAUAAUCAACUGAAGAGUUUCAUCUGGGACUACCUUCCCUCUCUGAAGAACCUAGUAACUCUGGACCUGAGCAAUAACCUGCUGACUACUGUUCCCCGAGAACUGUCCAAUUGCACUUCAUCUCUCCAGAAACUGAUGCUCCGAAACAAUCGCAUAAAAAUGUUAACUAAGUAUUUUCUCAGAGAUGCUUUUGCACUGAGGUACUUGGACCUCAGCUCCAACAAGAUUGAAAUAAUUAAGAGAUCUAGCUUCCCUGAAAAUGUCAUCAACAACCUGGAGAUGCUGCUUUUGCAUGGCAAUCCUUUUAAGUGCAACUGUGAGGCUGUGUGGUUUGUGUGGUGGAUCAAUCGGACACAGGUGACCAUUCCUCUUCUGGCCACAGACGUGACCUGUGCUGGCCCAGGGGCACAUAAGGGAAAGAGCGUGGUUUUCUUGGAUCUGUACACCUGUGAGCUGGACACGUCGUAUUUGAUCCUGUAUGCUCUGUCAGCUUCAGCCGUGCUUGGCUUGAUGGUGUUCACAGUGAUGAGCCAUCUCUACUUCUGGGAUGUGUGGUAUAGCUACCACUACUGCACUGCCAGGCUGAAGGGCUAUCGGCGCUUGUCUUCACCAGCUGCUUGCUACGAUGCCUUCAUUGCCUAUGACAGUGAAGAUCCAGCUGUGAACGAGUGGGUGCUGCAAGAGCUGGUGGAAAGGCUGGAAAACCAAAAAGCCAGGCAGUUCAAUUUAUGCCUGGAAGGAAGAGACUGGCUCCCAGGGCAGCCGGUCUUUGACAACCUUUCCCAGAGCAUUCAGCUGAGCAAGAAGACCAUAUUUGUGCUGACCCACAGGUACAUUACAAGUGGCCGCUUCAAGACAACAUUUUAUAUGGCUCAUCAGCGGCUUCUAGAUGAAAAGAUGGAUGUCAUUAUCUUGAUAUUUCUUGAGAAGGUCUUGCAGAAGUCCCGCUAUGUCCGUCUGAGGAAGAGGCUGUGCAGAAGCUCAGUCCUGGAAUGGCCAACUAAUCCUCAGUCUCAGCCCUACUUCUGGCAGUGCCUGAAAAAUGCCAUAGCUACCAGCAAUUCUCUGGCUUACAACAAACUUCUCCAAGAAACUGUUUAGUUGUGCUCUUCUUGUAAAUAUUGUUAUGAUACACAUGCACCUUGCUUGGCACUAUCUAGUGUGCAGCAAGAAAUGAUGCACUACCCUGGAGGUCACUGUUGCAGAAAAUCACACCUUCCAGGUUUUAGUUCACUAUAGGCCUCUAGCAUCUCCUAUGAUUGGUUCAAGUGUGGGUUAGACACUUGAUCAACAUGCUGAAGUACACAGAGUGAGGGAGUAACUAGACUUUGCCUAAAAUUUGCUGCUGUUCAGACCCUGUUGGAAUAAAUGGGAUUUUAAUAAAAAUAUAUAGUUUCUUUAUUUGCUAUAUUUAUGAAAAUCAAGAAAAGAAAUCACUGACACAUUUGUGUCUGGAAAUGGCUUUAGAAAAGCUCAUUUAUUGAUCUUAGGGGUUGGGAAAAUAAAAGAUCCCUUUUCUUUUCAUCUUAGGCUUACAGCUUCUGAGUCUACCACUUCUGUCUGAGUGGGGAAACUUUGGAGAGCAAAUUCUGUUGGGAUUGAUGUCAGGGGCUUGGGUCUGGUACAGGAACUCUCCCAUUGUUGUACAGUCAAAAAGUUCACAAAUCUGAAGAGACAUGGAAGUAUGUGUAUGGACUGAAGUAGGAAGGCAAGUGAGAUAUGUGUUCAGAAGAUCUUGUAGGCUGUGGGUAGAAAGGAAUUAUAUAAAUGGGUUCCUUGUGCAUGGAGCUGCUGCGUGAGUGCAAGGAGAGGGAGCAGGACAGCAGAUGAGCAGGGGAGGCACAAGGCAGAUGGAGAAAAUCAGUGAAACCAAAGAGAGAAAGAACUAGGUAUCUUUGAGAUCCCUUCCAACCCAAACCAUUCUGUAAUUCCAUGAUCUCAGCUGCCUCUGGCAGUUCCUUGCUGUCAUGGUUAACACAGUUUGGUUUUUAGUUGGAAAAAAACACAAAAUACUGUCUUGUAAGGACAUAUGAUUUCAUGUGGAAAGGACAGGGACCUAUCAGAAGCCAAUUCUUAGAUACUGACAUAUCGUUUGACCACUGAGGACGCUGAAUGCAACUUUGGAAAAUACCCAUCUGAAUCCUGACAGUGUGCAAGCUGGCCCUCCUCCUGCCAGCCUCAGAGGAGGUGAGAAGGCAGUCCCGGCUCUCUCCUUGCGGUGGGGCCAGGCCUGCCCGGGCCCGGCUUUUCACAGGAGACCCGCCGGGCCCGGUGACUCCCGGGCCGGGGGAGGCGGUCAGCCUGUGCCCCCGUCCCGCCCGGCCCGGGCUCGUAGCAGCUGUAAAACACCCUGCCGCUUCCCCCUGCUGGGGGGAGCCGGCCCAAGGCCCGGCCGCGGCCCUGAGCCCUUCCCCAGCAGAGCGAGGGGAGUCUGUGUCCUCUGAUGGCAGCUCCGAGCUGGGCCAGGCAGGCCGCUCCGGGAUCCCUCAUGGCGAAGUUCUCCUCAUCCUCUCAGCCUUUGAGAAUCCUGGAGGCUGCUGCCCGGCAGAGAUAUGUGACCAUCUGUGGGCCCGGGCGAGAAAGUGAACUCUUUCUUGGUACAAAAUAAAACUCCAGAGCACUAACCCUUCCAUGAGCGAGAAGAAAAAAGAGUAAACAUAGAGAAGACACAGCAUAAAGUCAGUAAAGAAAGUCCUAAGUAAGACAGGGAAGUGAGGAGUUACCUCGUUAGCUCAGCUUCUCUAGUAAAACCAUAGAGAAUAGACUAUUUCCUAUAACAUAUGAAUGCUGUUUAGGGGGGGAUGCAUGGCUCUAGUUGAAAGUUUUGAACUGAUAAAAUUGAGAUUUUUGAAUAGAAGAAGAAAAAGUGAUAUGAAGCACUUUGCUCCUAGGGAAAAAGGGGAUCUCCAGUUUUAGAGAUAAAGAUGAUUUUGGAGAUAGAAGAAGAGAAUCUAUUUUAUACUAGAAGAAGCAUCCUUAAACAGUACCCCUAAUAAGGUGAUAAGCCCAUAUGAAGCCAUGGAAGAGGCUAUUAGUAGUUAGAAUUUCACAGUUUGCAAAGGCUUUCAGGUAGCUGCAGAUUUGUGACAUGGGAGCUACUAGAGGACUGUUCAUGUGGCGAUGUCUCCAUGGAACUCUAAGAGAGACUC